UACCUAACUUAAAGGAAACACUUCGAUAGAUAUAUCGUACUUUGACGAAAAUAGUUGAAGGAGAUUUAACGAGUUAUAAAAUAAUAUAACACAGAAAGUAAAAAAUAUCUUACUAUAUCUAAAAUGGAGGACUUGGUUAAUACUUCUGGAACAGCCGUUGAGAAUUCGACUGAAGCUACUGCGACCAAGACAACACCUAAAAAAGUCGCCAAGCCUAAAGCUAAAACCCAAAGGCCAAAGUCUACUCAUCCAUCAACAUCUGAAAUGGUGACUGCCGCCAUUAAAGAAUUGAAGGAUCGUAAGGGUUCGUCAUUGCAAGCUAUCAAGAAAUUUGUUGUAGCUACGUAUAAGGUUGAUGGCGAAAAAGUAACACCAUUUAUUAAGAAAUAUCUAAAGAACGCAGUCUCUACUGGAGCUGUUAUUCAGACUAAAGGAAAGGGUGCGUCUGGGUCGUUCAAAUUGUCGACCGUUAAAGCCAGCCCUACCAAAACUAAAGCUCCACGAGUUAUUAAGAAAAAGAAAGUGGCUGAUAAGUCUGUCGAAAAGAAGACUGCUGCUGCACGCAAAUCUGCCGCUACUGGUGUUGCUAAGAAAACCAAAACCCCAGUUAAAAAAGCUGAAACUGUCAAGAAGGCGGCCGAUCCGAAAAAAUCAAAGGUUGCGACAUCGAGAGCUGCCACCGCUGCUGCUGCUGCCGCUGCCGCAGCCGCUGCUGCUGUUACACCCGAAAAGAAAGUGGCGAAAAAACCAACUACACCUAAAGCCGUCUCGAAAGCUAAAAAAACUGCUAAGGCACCAGCUGCUAAAACUAGAACACCUAAACCGAAGAAGACAACUGCCAAGGCUGUUGCCAAGAAAUAAUUUCCAUCAAAAUGUCAUAAAUUGGCCCUUUUCAGGGCCACAACAUUUUUUAUAAGUCAUUGGAGUGAAUAUCGAUUUACAUGCAUAUCUCUCUCUCUCUCCUCUCUCUCUACCUCUCUGUUAUCCCUUUCUUCUCUCUUUCUCCUCAUUUUCUUUUUAAUGUAAAUAUUUCAUAUUUCAAAAAAUUCAAUAUUUCAAUAGUUUCAAUUUUUAAUUUGUUGUAAUUGUGUUUCAUGUAAGUACAGUAGUUAAGUAUUAUUUCAUAUAAUAUCUGUAAAUAUGUAAAUAGACAUUUUUAAUAAAUUUUAUUACAUAAAA